AUGUCGCUCGACGACUCGCGCCACCGGAUAUACAUCUCCAACCUCGACCACGAGCUCGCCUCCAUCGCCGCCUCCGACGCCGCACGGGAAGCCUCCUCGCGGCUGAUCUUCCUGCCGGACAUCGAACGCCACUUCCACCAAAUCCCGGCCGAAGUCCUGCGCUUCAACCCCAACCCGAACCCCCGACCUCCCUCACAGCAGGAGCUCGUCCUGUACAACACGGCCCCGGCCCUGCUCACCCAGGGCGAACGUGGCUCCCGCGAGACCCGCAAGGCGAUCCUCGAGGCGAGGCAGCGCGCGCGGGAGAAGGCCCUGCUGGAAGCGACGCGGCGGCAGCGGGAGAUGGACUGCAUGUAC